AUGGAGUAUAUGGAACCAUAUAAACCUGAGGAUAUUGAAGUGGUGAAGGAGUUCUUAGAUGUGUUUCCAGAAGAGAUUCCAGAGAAGGUAGCAUUUUUGGGACAUUUUAUAUCCAAAGAAGGAGUAGGAGUAGACCCUGCAAAGAUUGAAGCAGUAAAGGGGUGGCCUACACCUAAGAAUGUGUCGGAUAUUCGAAGCUUUUUAGGCCUAGCUGGAUAUUAUAGGCGGUUUGUGAAGGACUUUUUGAAGAUAGCUAGACCUAUGACUUUAUUGAUGAAGAAGGAAUAUAAGUUCAUUUGGAGUGAUAAGUGUGAAGAAGCGUUUCAAACCUUGAAGAGCAGUUUGACAACAGCGCCAAUGUUAACCUUACCAAAUGGAAGUGGUUCUUAUGAUGUGUAUAGUGAUGCAUCUAAGAAUGGACUUGGAUGUGUUUUGAUGCAGCAUGAGAAGGUAAUUGCUUAUGAAUCGAGAUAA